AAGAUGGUGAAGAUGACGAAGAUGACGAGCUCAGCGACGUAGGAAGCUUAUCGAGUGAUGACGAAGAAGAAGAAGCAGUGGGAGCACUCGAUUUGUGAGCUAAAGCUGGCCAAAAAUUGCUUGUGCAAGCUACGAUUUAUGUCAAAACUUCAAUUACCUCUUAGGACCCUAACUUCGCAUUGGAUUUGGUACUGGAUUACUUUAUUUCCCCUAAUAGAUGUCAUAGUAGAGUUGUCAUUGUAGUCUGGAGUCAUGCACUCUGUAUCCUCGCUUAUGUAAUUAGCCCUUGAUUCUUAAGUAAUCGCUUGCCUGCAUAACUCUCAUCUAAUGCCAGACACUCUAAUCCAUCAAACAUACUUUGGCAAUGGAUAGGAACGGUAAGGUAAAGACGGAGGCUGAACAAGACCCUCAGCCUGUGAAAAAGCAGCAAGUAUCCAAUGAUGACCUUUAUCGCAGAUCUACCCAGUAUGAAAUGUGGUCGUAUACUGCUGAAUCAUUUGAAGAAACAAGAAGGAAAGCCAAUGAAAGUGGUCGGAAGGCUGCCACUGAAAAGUUUAAUGAAGUAUUUGAGUCCAUCAGACAGAAGUCACCCGAACCUUUUGAAAAGUUCAAAGAGGAACUCAAUCCUGAGAAGCUUCUUGACCUUUUAACUUAUGAGGAAGAAACCAAAUAUUUGCAUUACUACAGCAGAAGUAUCAUACAAACAUGCAAUCAUUUUAAAAUGCCCACCCAAGUAAGAGCCACUGCUGUGUCAUUUUUCAAGAAAUUCUACCUUGUUCAAUCCGUCAGCGAGUAUCAUCCCAAGAACAUUCUAUAUACAUGCGUGUUUUUGGCAGCGAAAUCCGAAAAUUACUUCAUAUCUAUUGAGUCCUUCGUCAAAGCAUUAGUCAAAGUGCUGACAAAGGACAUUUUGGAUCUCGAAUUUAUCGUGCUUCAAAGCUUAAAAUUCACAUUGAUGGUGCAUCAUCCGUUCAGACCGUUGUAUGGGUUCUUCUUGGACUCACAAGCUGUGCUAUUACAUCCAUCACCCUUGAUGUACGAUGUGAACAUUGACACACUUGGAUCAUUAUACGACAAAUCCAAAAAAUGGUUAAAUGACUAUGCAUUGUUGAGUGAUGUGGCAUUCCUUUUCACACCUCCCCAGAUUGCAUUGGCUGCGAUGUACGAUAUCGACAAAAGAAUCACUGACAGGUACUUAAAGAAAGUAUUCCUCAAGGAGCAGAAGCUCGAGGUGAUAGAUGAAGAGCCAAAAGAAAGCGGGUUUAUUAAGAAGGAGGAACCCGAGGAAGCGGAAGGUGUGGAGCCAAAGGAAGAUAAGAAAGACCCUCAAAGAGAGCAGUACGAAACCUUGGUCAAAACCAUCCGGAGAUGCAUAAGGAUAGCAAAGCAAAUUCCUGAAACAACUAAGGAAGAGAGUAAGAAUAUCGAUAAGAAGUGUUUCUUCACCUUGAACCCUACAAGAUUGAUUGAAAAGAGAGUGACAAAAUUGUCCAGCCCUAGCCCUGAGAUAAAGCAAGAGGCUGCUUAACUAUUGCUAAGGGAACAUGAACAUUGUAUAGACUACCAAACUAUUGGCACAUUCAUUAUUCUCUAAUGUAUGAUAGACUCCCAGCUGUACUCAAAUAAUUUGUAUAUAGCUGCCCUUUGCCAUUUUGGCCAUAUUGGUGCCUUUAUCUUCUCGGUUCUUACGGGGCACGGUUCCCAUCGUCCCCGAUUUG